GCGUUUGUUUUGAUUAUCGGUCGCUAUGUUGUGCCAUAGAGGAAUUUGCACGCAAUUCAGAAAGAUGUCCAUAAAAGCAGCGCUCAUCGAUCUCAGCGGAACGCUGCAUGUGGAGGAUGACCCUACACCAAAUGCUGUGGCUGCAUUGCAAAGACUGCGAGAAAGCGGCAUCUCCGUUAAAUUUGUCACCAACACUACAAAGGAUUCAAAGAAAUCACUGCACGAGAGGCUAACGAAAAUAGGCUUCCAAUUGGAUGUCAAUGAAAUCUACAGUUCACUGAGUGCAGCAGCAGCAUUUGUGUCGAAGGAACAGCUAAAUCCUUUCUAUCUGCUGUCGGAUGAUGCUCGCCAAGAUUUUCCAACCGAAGACAAGAGUCGUCAGUUGGACUCCGUGGUUGUGGGCCUGGCACCCAACGCAUUCAACUAUGAACACAUGAAUAAAGCAUUCAGCAUCUUGUUGCAGCAAAAGUCUCACAAAUUGGUCGCAGUGCAUCAGGGUAAAUACUACAAACGUUCUGAUGGGCUGGCUCUGGGACCUGGUUGCUUUGUCAAGGGUUUGGAGUAUGCCACUGGCUCGACAGCAACAGUUAUCGGCAAACCCAAUCCGUAUUUCUUUAAGAGCGCUCUUCCCGAAGGCUUGACUGCCGAGCAAUGCGUGAUGAUUGGUGAUGAUGCCAAUGAUGACGUGGCUGGCGCUAUGGCUGUGGGUCUCCAGGGCAUUCUCGUGAAGACCGGCAAAUUCUUGCCCGAUGCCUUGGCAGCGUUGACAACGCCUCCCACAGCGGUGGUAGAAAACUUUGCCGAGGCUGUCGACUGGCUGCUGUGCAAGAGAAAUUCCUAAAGAAAUGCCUUCUACUUUCUAAAAUAAAGUACAGC